AUGCCAGGUCGCUUCUUCGCGUCUCCCGCGCUCCCUCCAGCCUCCUCCGUUAAGGAAUACUCCAGCGCUUCUCCCGGUUGCGUCGCUGCAGAUGGGCUCGGCUCGGCGCGCAAUGAGCGAGGACAACUCUCCCCCACUGACAGCUCACUCCACGACCGACGUACAGGCGCUCAACAAACCACCGACGGCCACGUGUCACCGGCUGAGACGAAUGAGCCCGUGGAAUUAUCUCCGGCAUGCGAGAAUCGGGGAGAAAGCGCGGAGGCGGAAGAUGGAGCAGCCAGGGGGAAACAGAAGGCGGAGAAGCAGGCGGAGAAGGAGGCGGAGAAAGGGGAGCAUGGUGGAGAGGUGGAGGGUAAUGGUGAGCGCAAAGUGCCAGACGAAGGGCGGAAGGAGGGUGGUAUACUGGGGAGGUCGGGGGAGGGGGAGAUUGAUGGCGGGAAGGGGGGGAGCAGUGAGGGCGAGUGGUGUGAGGCGCUGGGCGGGGAGGUUUGUCUGGUGGCGUGCAGGCGACCGCAGCUGGUGGCGCGCAGUGAGAGGGGGCGGGGCGCCGUGUGCGUGAACAUCGACGAUGAGCUGGUGCGUGCUGUGUGCUGUGGGAGGUGUCGGGGCUGGGGCAUGGGUGGUGGUGGGGAAAGGGUGCUGGCUGAUGGGUGUGUUACUGUCAGAUGGCAGUGCAAUCGAGUGGUGCACAUGGUGUACGAGCCUUACUGCAUGGACUUUGGUCCGCUCAGCCUGGCCUGCAUCCACCGCUACUGCGACACCAUGGACCGCGCCCUGCAGGAGGGACGAGGGCUGUCAAGGAGGGUGGUGCAUGUGUGCAGCAGCGCGGCCCACAAGAAGGCCAACGCCGCCGUGCUCCUAGCAGCGUAUCUAAUUCUGCGCCAUGCCAUGCCAGCCGAUGCCGCCCAUGCGGUGCUGCGUCCAUUGGAGCCGCUGCCGCCCUUCAGGGACGCGUCUAACGGCGUGUGCACCUUCCACAUCACCGCACUCGACUGCUGCCAGGCGGUAGAGCGCGCACAGGGGGCGGGGCUGCUGGCGGGGUUCAGGGUGGGCGAGUACGAGCGGCUGGAGCAGGCGGACCUCACGUGGAUGGUGCCGGGGCGGCUGCUCGCCUUCAGCACUCCCGCUGACGACCCUGCUAGCAUCAUGCUGUCAUGUGGCAAGCUGUCGUGUGGCAAGCUGUCGUGUGGCAAGCUGUCGUGUGGCAAGCUGUCGUGUGGCAAGCUGUCGUGUGGCAAGCUGUCGUGUGGCAAGCUGUCGUGUGGCAAGCUGUCGUGUGGCAAGCUGUCGUGUGGCAAGCUGUCGUGUGGCAAGCUGUCGUGUGGCAAGCUGUCGUGUGGCAAGCUGUCGUGUGGCAAGCUGUCGUGUGACAAGCUGUCGUGUGACAAGCUGUCGUGUGGCAAGCUGUCGUGUGGCAAGCUGUCGUGUGGCAAGCUGUCGUGUGGCAAGCUGUCGUGUGGCAAGCUGUCGUGUGGCAAGCUGUCGUGUGGCAAGCUGUCGUGUGGCAAGCUGUCGUGUGGCAAGCUGUCGUGUGGCAAGCUGUCGUGUGGCAAGCUGUCGUGUGGCAAGCUGUCGUGUGGCAAGCUGUCGUGUGGCAAGCUGUCGUGUGGCAAGCUGUCGUGUGGCAAGCUGUCGUGUGGCAAGCUGUCGUGUGGCAAGCUGUCGUGUGGCAAGCUGUCGUGUGGCAAGCUGUCGUGUGGCAAGCUGUCGUGUGGCAAGCUGUCGUGUGGCAAGCUGUCGUGUGGCAAGCUGUCGUGUGGCAAGCUGUCGUGUGGCAAGCUGUCGUGUGGCAAGCUGUCGUGUGGCAAGCUGUCGUGUGGCAAGCUGUCGUGUGGCAAGCUGUCGUGUGGCAAGCUGUCGUGUGGCAAGCUGUCGUGUGGCAAGCUGUCGUGUGGCAAGCUGUCGUGUGGCAAGCUGUCGUGUGGCAAGCUGUCGUGUGGCAAGCUGUCGUGUGGCAAGCUGUCGUCCAUAAUCCGCCUCAACAGGCGCGUGUACGACAAGAGGCGAUUCACCCGCCAUGGCUUUGCCUUCUACGACCUCUACUUCCCUGACGGCGGCGCCCCCUCGGAUGGCAUAGUGGAGCGCUUCUUCGCCGUGGUGGAGGGCAGCAACGGGCCCGUUGCCAUCCACUGCAAGGCCAUAGCAUACACGCGGUUGGUGCGUCCGGGGUCGGUGAUUGGGCAGCAGCAGCACUUCCUGGCGCUCAUGCACCCGCGCAUGGCACGAGCCGGAGAGGAGUUUCGGCGCAAGACACGAGCGCUCUCACCCUUCUCACCUCGCACCACCACCACCACCACCACCACCACCACCACCACCACCACCACUGCACCCGGAAACCCUCCCCCUCCACUCCCCCACGCUCACGCGCCCAGCCUCGCCCUGCCCUCGCGCACGGGGCGCAAGGUGUAUGCACGCACGGACGAGCAGGCAGCAGCAGCCGUGGCGGACCUGCAAUUCGCCCGCCACUCACGCUCGCUCGCCCGCACCGGCUCCGUGCCUGUGCGGCCAGGCUCGGCAGGACCGGUGCGCAAAUCAGCAUCCAUGUCCCCGUACACGCCCAUGCCCCCCAUCACCCCCAUGACUCCCGAUGCCCCUAUGCCCGCAUCCCAUGCAUCCCAUGCAUCCCAUGCAUCUGCUGCUCUCCCCCCCGGCAUGGCGUCCCCUGAGCCUCGCCAUGUGCGGGCUGCCAGGCGCCUCAGGCUGAAGGGGGGGUGGGGGGCUGCUGAUGGGGUGCGGAUUGGGAGGGAAGAGGGGAAGGAAGCAGGGGAUGGUGGUGGUGGUGUGGGGGAGGGCGGCUGUGGUGUGAGGGACGUGGAGGGAGGACUGCGGUGCGGUGAGGGGGAGUGUAGUGGGGUGGAGGGUGAUGCUGUUGAACGGGAAGCAGGUUGUGCAGGUGAGGAGGGUGCGGAUGCAGCAGAUGUAACGGGGGAAGGCAGAGUUAGAGAGGCAGGAGGGGCAUCAGCGAGCACAGGGGCAUCAGCGAGCACAGGAGGGUCAGAACAGGCAGCAGAGGGUGCAAGCGCGGUUGCAACGAGGAUGGACAGUGCAGCACAGCUAGCAACACCAGUGGCAGCACACGGUGCAGUGAUGGAAACAGUGGCAUCAGAGCAGGGAGGGCCAGAGGCCGCGGCAGUGGCACCAGUUGCUGCUGCAGCGGCCGCAGCCACACCUGAAAACCCAGCAACUCCGCAUGGCUCUCGUCUCCCCACCACAGCAGCCUCUCCUCCAGCCUGCCCUCCCUGCUCCACAGCAGGUGCAGCAGACGUGAGGGGGCCAGCAGAGGGAUCAGCAAGAGAGCCCAUGGCAGAGGCAGGAGGAGCAGAGGCAUCAGCAGGGCCGUCUCCAGGAGACAGGGGGGGACACAGUGGCGCAGGGACACACCAGUACACGCCAGAAGAUGCCGCCCCAACGCCUGGGGGUGCAGUGACACACCAGUACACACCGACCGAUGCGGACCUGGCUCCUAGGUUCGGCCGCACACAGGCGGUGGGCGUGCAGGGUGCAGGUGGGGAGCAGGCAGGGGCGCGCAGCAGCACAGUGGUGCGAGUGAUCAAUGCAGGGGGGCAGCCCCGGAAGGUGGUGGUGCCGGCAGGCCAGGGGAGAGGAAGCGGUGUGAGUGUGGAGGCAGGGGUGAGAGGGGUGGCGGGACAUGGGCAGGCGGUUUCAGUGGCUAAGUUUGGUGCAGUGCAGGGUGGUCGAUUCAGGCUCGGUGUGAGAAGAUAG